UUUCAUUUAAGAAAUCAUUAUAACCUCACAAGAAACGGCUGAAUCAACCGUUUCGAGAUGCAGACCUUCAUAAAAAUUAUAUUAUUUGAGAACAGCCGAUGCUUCAUAAAAUACUUUGAUUGAGUUUUCUACAUCUUAAAAACACCACUCACUUGUUUUCCUGCCAGAAAACGAGAUCUUGCGUAGUCUAAUAUUUCUCCAAACACAAACAAAUAUAAACAUACAUAGAUCUUGCUCAUGAAGAAAUUAAGAGGACACACCGGAUCCGUUAAGUGUGGAAGAACAAGAUCAGAUCUGUUUGAAUCAUUACAUGAUGAUCUUGUUAUAUCUAUACUCUGCAAGCUUAGUUCUACUGCGUCUUCUCCGUCUGAGUUCUUCGCUAUUCUUAUAACAUGUAAGCGUUUGAAGAAAUUAGGCCUUCAUCCGUUAGUUUUAUCACAAUCAUGUUCAAAAGUGUUUGCCGUAAGAGCUAAAAACUGGUGCAACGAGGCUCACCAAUUUUUGAAGCUAUGUGUCCACGCCGGAAAUAAAGAGGCAUAUUAUACUCUUGGAAUGAUUCGAUUUUAUUGCUUGCAAAAUCGUGUAAAUGGAGCAUCGUUGUUGGCGAAGGCGGCAAUGAAAUCAUAUGCUCCGGCACUGUACUCGCUCGCUUUGAUUCAGUUCAAUGGUAGUGGAGGGUUGAAGAACGAAAAGGACCUCUGUGCAGGUGUAGCUUUGUGUCUCAGAGCGGCCUUCCUUGGUCACAUUGACGCUAUCCGGGAACUUGGCCAUUGUUUCCAAGACGGUUAUGGUGUACGUAAGAACAUCCCCGAAGGCCGUCGUCUUCUAGUGCAAGCUAACGCACGCGAACUUGCAUCUGUCCUACACGGCUUCAAAAGUCCAUCAUUUCCGUCUUCUUUGGCAUGGAAGUUUUAUAACCGCCGCCAACCACCCGUUGUACCAAGUAAGUCAAUCAGAGCUCCAAGUCAGUCAGAUUUUGACUUUGAGUUGUUUAGCGACUAUGGUUUUAAUGUAAUCACUAGAGAAAUGCAUCCGGUGAAUAAGUUUAUGGUCGAAUGGUUUGGGUCAAAAGACGGGAAGCUAGGUCAGGGUUUGAGAAUGUGUUCUUAUGAAGGAUGUGGGCGACCUGAGACCCGAAGAAACGAGUUUCGAAGAUGUUCGGGUUGUGGGAAAGCGAACUAUUGUUCUCGUGGGUGCCAAGCACAUGAUUGGAGGGUGUGUCAUAAGGUGGAUUGUGCACCCAUGGCGGAAUGGAUGGGUCAUGCAAAUGAUGGCGUGGAGGAAGAUGCUAUGAAUGGCGGAAAUGUUGUUAUGGAUGAUCAAACGGUGCAGAAUGAACAAGGCUAAGUUGAUCGGAUCCGGAUCUAAAUUUAUAAUGUUUCUGUUAGUAUGAUUUUCUUUCCUUUUUUCCAAUAUUGUUUUCUUUUUUUCUCCUUAUAGAUGGUGUUAGUAGCACGAUAUUCAGGCUACAUCCCAUAUAUGGCAUGGACGGUAGAAAUAUUCUUGUAUGUACACACAUAAGUACAAGUAGCGGUUUUUUUAUUUAAAGAUAGCAUAGAUGUUUUAUUCUGAAAAGAUAGACGAGGGUAGUAUUUUCUAGGUGUGUUGUACUUGUAUAUUGUUGGAGAAAAUCAUGUUUAUAUCAUGACAUACUUGAUCUAGAGUUGCAUA